CUCCCAAACACCAAACACUCCUCGUUCGGAAAACACACUCAAGCCCUAAGGUUCCAUACCUAAAACCCAGCUUCGUCAACGGAACCGCCGCCGCCGUCCGUGGUUGUCGGCGUCUUCGCGGCCUCCUCCUUCCCCUGUCCCAAAACCAUACGGCCAGACCUUCUCUUUGUCUGCUCAGACGCGCUUCCGCCGCCGUUUGUUUGCCGUUCACGUUCGCCUCUUCGUUCAGUCGUCGUCUUCCUUCGCGUUCUUCGCCGUUCACGUUCGCUCGGUGUUAACCGUUCGCGUUCGCAUUCGCAUUCGCGUUCGUCUGGAAGCCACGUUGCUCUGCUUCAAACUCUGCGACCAACCCGCGCGCUCCACCUAGCCGUCGAACUGCUCUCUUUUGUCGCCGCCGGAUAUGAUUGGGUGGUUGAAUUGUCCAGGCUUUACCUUCAUCCCUGGCCAAGUCUAGUGAAUCUCCUUUGGUUGGGGUUGAUCACAUCUUAACAGAUCAUCAGACCCUUAUGGAACUAGCUGAUGCUUCUGAUUAUGCACUGGCUCUGAUGCCAUCAGCUAAAGGACAGUUUUGAGCAAGUGAUCCAAAAUUUAUUUGGCAGAAGCUUUGAUCUAGAAUGCAGUAUCUGGGAUUAAAAAAGGAUACCACUCUACUCUAGCAAACUCUGAACCAUAUCAGUCCCCCUUCUCCAACCCUAGCUGCUGCCGCCGCCGGUCCGUCGAGCUUGGUGGCCGUCCAUGCUGUAGCCACUGCCCCCAAGUCUCCAACCCCUGCUCUCUUCUUCCGCGAGCUCUCGGCGCAUCCCCUGCUCUCUUCAUCUUCCUGCCGUCGUCUUCAUCUUCUCGCCAUCGUCUGGUCGGCGUCGUCCGUCAAUCAAGGGCCUGUCGGCGUCGUCUUCGAAGGUAGCAGGUUAGGUUAGAUUCAGGUGGCGAUAGCUUUGAGCCUGCAGCUAUGGAAGUUUGACCAGUUGGAUCAGCAGUUUGGUUCGGACAAUUAUGUGCAUUAGUAUGGACCAUGGAGACAGUUGAGUCUUGACCCUGGAAUUUAGGAAAGUCGAAUCAUGUUCAUCUCUACUCGCGUUUUGCUCUGCCUUCAUUCAUCUGCUCGCUUCUACGAAGAUCGUUGUUAGUGGCUUGGUGCUUCGUUCUGCCUCUUUCACUAACUUGCUCCUGCUCUCUCCAUCUCGGGCUGACCCAUGUGCCGGUGCUGCCGCUGCGUACUCACAUCAGUUCAGGGACAAAGGUACAUAUCAACACCACUGUCCUACUAUUAAAAAGAAUGUAUCAAUUCAAUAAGUGAGAUUUAUCAGCAAUAAUGUUAUAAUGAUGAAAAUUGAAAAUGUUAUUUCUUUAUCAUGUUGCUAGUUGUAUUACUGAAAGUGUAAUUCUUCAUUUUAGAGGUGACGUAGAGUAAAAACUUAUUGAUGCUCUUGUGGUUUGCAAGUUUGUGAGUGGUACUAACUACUAAGUAUACAAUAGAUAUUAAGCUGGUCACGGUUUUAUUGUUUUGCUGUUAUGUGUCUACCCUUGAACAUUAUAUGUUGGAUGUCAAUAAGCUCAUAGAAAAUUAUCACAAUGCAGUGAUGAUUCCUUGACCAGAAUUUCUUGUAUUGGCAUGCCUAUGAUGAAGCAUAGGUAGAGGUGUUAGAAGUAUCCCGGUUAAGAAGGUAUGUCUUGGUGUGCUAUAGACUAUUAAGAAGAUGAUGAUGGAGGCAAAAUGCACUGGUCAGCUUGGACAAAAGGACCUUACCAUAACAUGGGAAAAAGCUUAUUAAGUUAAAGCUAUAGUCACAAAAAGCUAAAAUAAACAAAUUAAGAGAGAGAGAGAGACCAACUGUUACAUUGUAUGCUUAAAGUGUUCAUUAUUGCUCAUGCUAGAAGUAUGUAUGGAGCGAAGGUUCUAUUGAGUGAAGUUAUGAAGCCACUGCAUCGAAUUAUCGAAGACAAGUUGAUUUCCCUCUUACAAUCAUGUAGAACAUCAAAACACAUGUGUCAGAUUCAAGCCCAAAUAAUUACCUAUGGACUCCAACACAAUCAUUUCAUCACUCCAAAUUUCAUCAAUGUGUGUUUCAACCUCACUAAAAUGGGUCAUGCCCAGAAACUGUUUGACAAAAUGUAUGAACCGAACACUGCCUCAUGGAAUGCCAUGUUCACAGGCUACUCUCAUGUUGAGUUUUACCGGGACGUUGUUGUUUUGUUUGCCCGAAUGAACCGGGAGGGUGCAUUGCCCAAUUGCUUUACCUUCCCUAUGGUUGUCAAGUCUUGUGCAAAGGUGAAUGCAGAAAGAGAAGGUAAACAAGUUCAUUGUCUUGUGGUGAGAUACGGUUUCAUAUCAAACUCCUUCGUGGGAACUUCAUUGAUUGACAUGUAUUCGUCAUGGGGAUCCGUUGGGGAUGCUUACAAGGUGUUUGCUGAAAUUCCUCAGAAGAAUGUAGUUGCUUGGACUUGUAUCAUUGUUGCCUACAUUUCAUGUCAUGACAUGCUUUCUGCCCAGUGCUUGUUUGAUGUGGCACCAGAGCGCGAUGUGAUCCUCUGGAACACUAUGGUUUCAGGCUAUAUUGAGGUGGGAGAUAUGGUGGCUGCCAGAAAACUUUUCGAUAAGAUGCCGAAUCGGGACAUUCAGUCUUGGAACACCAUGCUGAAUGGUUAUGCGAAUAAUAGAAAUGUUGAAUCAUUUGAGAAAAUAUUCAAGGAGAUGCCUGAAAGGAAUGUGUUUUCUUGGAAUGGGUUAAUUGGAGGCUAUGCUCGGAAUGGCCUAUUGUCUGAUGUUUUGGAAUCUUUUAAACACAUGUUAGUUGAAGGUUAUGUUCUGCCUAACAAUGCCACGCUUGUCACAGUGUUGUCUACAUGUUCAAGAUUAGGUGCCCUUGAUAUGGGUAAGUGGGUGCAUGUGUAUGCAGAAAGGAUUGGUUAUAAGGGAGAUCUGCAUGUUGGAAAUGCCCUAAUUGACAUGUAUGCAAAAUGUGGGGUUAUUGAAAAAGCGAUUAAUGUGUUUAACCAUCAGCAUAAGAAGGAUAUAAUUACUUGGAACACAAUCAUUAAUGGCCUCGCCGUGCAUGGGAAUGCAGCUGAUGCCUUGAGUAUGUUUGAUAGGAUGAAGCAUGGUGGAGUGAAACCAGAUGAAGUUACUUUCGUGGGAAUUCUGUCUGCUUGUACACAUAUGGGGUUAGUCAGGGAUGGAUUCACAUAUUUUCAAUCCAUGGUUGAUAGUUAUUCACUUGUGCCUCAAAUUGAGCAUUAUGGGUGUAUGGUUGAUUUGCUUGGAAAAGCUGGUCUCUUAGAACAAGCUGUAAAUUUUGUGAGAAAGAUGCCGGUGAAACCAGAUGCAGUUAUAUGGGCGGCAUUGCUUGGGGCAUGUAGAAAAUACAAGAAUGUUGAAAUCGCAGAGCUGGCUCUUACACAACUCAUCGAACUCGAACCUAAAAACACCGCAAACUUUGUCAUGCUUUCAAACAUAUAUAAAGACCUUGGAAGAUGGGAAGAUGUUGCCAAGUUGAAGGUUGCAAUGAGAGAUACUGGUUUCAAGAAAAUGCCUGGAUGUAGUGUUAUUGAGGCCAAUGAUAGUGUGGUGGAGUUUUAUUCUUUGGAUGAAAGGCAUCCGGAGACAGAGAAUAUAUACAGGACAUUGCGCGGAUUGACAAUUUUGAUAAGAUCGUAUGGAUAUGUUCCAAAUCCUGGUAUUGUUGCUUGAGGCUGAAUAUGAUUUUUAUGGAUUAAUGCGACUGGAUGCAGGGGAUUAAUUCAUGCUUCAACUCCUAGAUCAGUGGUAAGUACUCCUUGAAUCCAAAUAGUUACUUUUUUUUACAUUGCAUCCAUAAUUUUCCUUUUCCCCUUCCAUUAGAGUAGAAAAUAUUUUCUUAAACCAGAUUUUUGAAUUCUGAUGUUGUUAUUAAUCUAAUAAUUAUUAUAUUGUCCUAGCAACUACAAUGUUCAAGGAAGAAAGGAAGAGAAGGGGAAAUAGCAAGGAUUCCUUCUCUACAAAAAACCAUUUUUUUUCUGUUUCUUCUUUUUCUUCUAUGCAUAUUUCAGCACUCUCCGAAGAACUAUUAUCAAAGCUUACAGGGACAAAAAAAAAAAAAAAACAGAAUAUAGGAGCAGAAAAUGGUACCACAAAGGGGAGGGCUAGAGAGGAUGAUGGCGAAACCACUAAGCUCGGAAAAGAGGACAGCGGGUUGGCCGCGACACUGAGCAGAUGAAGGCGGCGGUGCUUGAGAUGGAGAGACGACAGAGCUUGAGGCGCGGUGAAACGCGAACGGCGGAGCUCCAGACAUUGCAAACGGCAGAGCAGGAGCUUGAGGCGUUUUGAAUGGUGGACGCUGUGAGACUUGAGUGUGUGGGAGAAUACAAAAGUGAUGAGUGAUGAGUGCUGGAUGAUGAGAGUGAUUGAGUGAAUACAUGCUUGAUGCAUACAUUCAUAUUAAAAAUAACAAUUGGUAACAAAAAAGUUGAUACCUACUGUGUUAUUAGUGUUCAAUAUAUUAUUUGGUUCCUAGAUUUUGAUAAGGGUUCUUUGUGAAAAUUGUGCAG